AUGGAGGGGGGGGAGGGGCAGGGGGGCGGGGAGGGGUCCGACAGCGGCUGGAGCAGCGGCGACGAGUCGGCCGAGAACUGGGUGCAGUGCGACGCGUGCAACAAGUGGCGCAGCAUCCCGCAGGCUGUGGCGGACGCGCUGGACGACGAGACGCCAUGGCGCUGCGAGGACAACCCCAACCGGGAGUAUGCGAGCUGCAGUGUGCCCCAGGAGAAGAGUGACAAGGAGAUUGAUCGGGAGAAGAGUGACAGUGACAGUGACGCAGAGGAAGAUGGCAGACGUAAGCGGCCAUCCAUUUGGCAGCUUGUGGACUCCAACAUAUACACUCAUCGGAAGAGGAAGGUACAGCAUGAGGAUGACAUCAUGAUUUGCCAGUGCUCCCCUUCGCCGGAGGGGGGCUGUGGUGGGGACUGCAUCAACAGGAUGCUCAACCUGGAGUGCGUGCCGGGAUACUGCCCUUGUGGGGAAGUCUGUCAGAAUCAGAUGUUCUCCAAGAGAAAGUAUGCCAAAGUUGACAGGCAAAGAGCGGGCCCCAAGGGCUUUGGACUGUUUGCCCUGGAGGACAUCAGGGAGGGCCAGUUCGUUGUCGAGUACAUUGGUGAGGUACUGGAAGAGGAGGAGUAUGAGCGGAGGAAGCGGUACUAUGCUGCCACAGGACAGCGCCACUACUACUUCAUGAAUGUUGGUAAUGGGGAAGUCAUUGAUGCUUGCCGCAUGGGGAAUCUGGGCCGGUUCAUAAAUCACUCCUGCGAUCCUAACUGCGAAACCCAGAAGUGGGUGGUUCAAGGAGAGCUGGCCAUCGGCCUGUUUGCCACCAAGGAUAUCAUGGCAGGCGAGGAGCUCACCUUUGAUUACAACUUCGAUCGAUAUGGCGACCGUCCCAUGCGCUGCUACUGUGGCACUGCAAGGUGUCGAGGUUUCAUUGGGGGCACAGAUGAGGGAUACACCAACGGCACGACGGAGGUUCAGGACGAACUGUCAGAUGACAUGGAGCCGAUCAUGGUGACACGAGAAGAGAACGAUCCAGCCAUGCAGGCAAUCUUGGACAUGGGCGUGGGGCUGGCAGGCCACCAUGGUUGCAAGGCUGUGGAGAUGAGGAAAAAGAUGCAGAAGCUUUUUGUUGCCCAUGGCCUUGAAGACAACCUUGGGGGCGACUCCAGCGAUGAUGAUCUCAGCUGGAUUGACAGGAAUUUCAAUCUGGCACUGCACCCCGAUGAUACGGCACCGCCACCCAGGCAGAAGAGCGCCAAGGGGAAGCUGGGAGCACUACACAGUGGGUCUCCACACAAGAGGGGCAAACAAAAGAAGAGGGCCACCUCACCCGAUGACAUCGAGUCCAAGCCCCCGGGCACUGCCCAAAAACUGCAACGUCGUCAGUCUGCAAAGACCAAGGUGGGAGGCAAGUUUCAGAUCCUGCAUGGCAGGCGGAGGCACAGGGAGGGGGGCCAGGGCGCAGCACCAUCGUCGCCCGGCAGGGCCAGUGGCAAGAAGACAGGGGUGUUCCAACCACGGCGGAGUGAGGUGGACAGGAAGCUUGAACAGCUGCUUGGGCCUGUGUCGUCCCAGAAACUCAACCCUGACAAGGACGAAAUUGUCAAGGUGCUCCGCCUCUUCAACCUGUGCAACUUCGUCCCGAACCGCCAAGAGCAGGAGCGCAACAGGUCAAACAGCCACGCUGGUGACGGCGCCGAUCCUGACAACGACCGGGUUAGUUCGAACCACUACGCACAGUGCAGCGAGGACAGUGACACGCCGCUGACGUCACGGCAGUGGGCCAGGAUGGCGGACCUGAUCCUGCUUCUGAAUCUGGUGUUGAAGUCUGUACAGCCAAGAGUGAAGAAGAUGGUCGUGGAGUGUGGAAUACUGUCACAGCUCCAGGGACUCAUUGGCCGAAACACGGGGCGUCAGUACAGCGUGAUCCUGAGGAAGAUCCUGAAGGUGGUGGAGUCCCUGCCGUUGACAUCCGACGACUUCCACGCCACACGAUCCGGCGUGGGCACCUUUGCGGACCUGCUGAACACCCUCUCCCUCAACACUGACACCGAGGUGCGCACCCGGGCCACCCACAUCCUCAAGAAGUUCCGCAUGGGGCCCCCACCCGGAAGCUUCCGCAGCCACACGAAUUCCAGCUCUGCCACUGGUUACUCAAACUCCAGCUCCGGUCAUGCAAACCCUGGGCCUGGGUAUUUUCAUCCCGGCAGGAGGCGGCCGCCUGGAGGCACCCCCCCGUGGGCGGCCCCCUCGCCCUCGCCCCUGCGCCUGGACGACAGGCCUGACAGGUUCGACCCAGCCAGGAGGGGGCGAUACGGAUUUGGCGAUUCAGUGCAGGGGCAAGAUGCGGGCGUGCUGCGGAGCAGCCAGUUUCUUGAAUCUGGCCAUGGACCAGGGGGCCCAGGAUCUGGCCACGGACCAGGGGGCCCGGGAUCUGGCCACGGACCAGGGGGCCCAGGAUCGCUGAGCUCGCUGCCUGGCGGGUGGCGGGCCAGCCGGGCAGACACCGGGCCACCAGUGGCGGGCCACGGAGCCCAGAUGCCGAUGCGGCGGCCAUCGCCCGCGGGUGGGGGUCUGCCUAUCGGAGAACACGGUCGGAUUGGUGGCAUCGAGGUUGGGAGGGGCAGAGGGCGGUUUUCGGCAAACGGGGAGGAUCGGCGGUGGCGGAGAGCUCCAGGGGGUGAGGCGCGAGCUGAAGAGGCAGGGAUCCAACCUGUGCAAACAUGGGCCACUGGACGCUCAGCCAGCAUGCAGCAGCCACGAUUGCCACCUGGCAUUGGGGCCGGCGACAGGCAGCGAGGGUCCCCUGCACUCCAGCCACAAUCGUUGUCAGCGUUUGGUGCCAACAGGGAGCUGAGCUGUGAGGGGGACCGAGGCAGUGAAGAAGGCUGGAGGAGGGAUGGGGGUCUGGGGGCCCCUGACUCAUUUCCCCCUGGCACUAAACGGCAGCGGGUGUCGCCCCCAGGGAUUCCAUAUCAUGCACAGCAAGGCCCCUCUGCUCAGAUGGGCACGGUGCCACCGCUGCCAGAUGAUGCCCCGCCGCCGCUGCCUGAAGGGACGCCUCCGCAGUCGCCCAGCCCCCCCUCUCCGCCACUUGAUCCAAACUCAGUGCAUUGUGGGGGCGAUGUUGUAUCAACUGAAAACAGAGCCGAUGUUGCUCCCACACAAUUUGUCGAGCUGGACGUGGAGACGCUCUUUGCCAAUGGCGUCUACGGCAUCCUGCAGUUCAUGGGCGGCAAGGAGGAUACAGAUGGCCCCCAUGGGCACCAGGGCCCAAUCUCGGCCUUGGAUGCCCCGCAACCCCCGCCGGCCCCCAGCUGGGGGUCCAGCAAGGCCCCGCAUCUGAACGACCCCACACUGCCAAGCCCCGGGGAUGAGCUGCGCAGCCCAGCGCCCUUGUGGGGGGACAGCCCCCAGCUUGGGCCCGAUGGGCCGGGGGAGGGGGAGUGGGGCAGGAGGCCGCCCAGCUCCGACGGCGUGACGCCGCCAGAGGGCCUUUCACCAGACCCGUUUGGGACGCUGCUGCUGGGGACGGCCUCGGGGGAGCAGGACGUUUUGGAGCGUGAUGUGGCAGUGGCAGGCCCCGACCACUGGGACGAGCCCAACGGCGACUUUGAGGCCUUUGUGUCCUGCACACUGAAGCACAAGCUGGCCAAGUACGUGCAGCCGGACCACCCACGCUCCAUUUCCCGGGAGGAGGCCAACCGCCUGUACCGCCGCCUGAGGGACGAGGUAAUCGGCGCAGAGCGGGCGGCCUUCAGGGAGCAUGGCCAGCGUCAUGGGAGGCGCACCAUCGAGCGCACCAAGAUGGAGUCCAACAUCAAGGAGUACGUGAAGCAGAGGGUGUACAGGCUGCAUGGGGCGUCCAGUAGGGUGUGA